UUUGCUCAGGAUGAAGAUAGUUAUAUUGGUGACUUUGCAGUGGUUGAGUAUGAAACUGCAGAGCAGGCUGAGAAAGUACAAGAAGUCACUGAUGGCAUGACUAUCAAAGGAAAGAGAGUCCAGGUGUCGUACUGUGCUCCGGGAGCGCCAGGCAGAAGCACAUUAGCAGCACUUAUAGCAGCGCAAAGGAUGAUGAGGAACAAUAGGAAAGGCUUGCUUCCAGAGCCAAAUCCAGUGCAGAUUAUGAAAAGUUUUAAUAACCCAGCAAUGUUGCAAAUGCUACUGCAGCCCCAGUUGCGUGGACAUGCUAUUAAACCUGUUCUUGGAGCAUCUGCAGGUUUACCUCAACUUAUAAAUUCAGCAGUUGGCCCACCUUUUUUGCAGUUGAAUAAAGUUCAUCAGAGCUCAAUUCUGGGGAGUACAUCUAACUUACUGCUGCAGAGCCCUGCUCACCUGCCAUUGCCACAGCAGCAACUGAUGAAGAUUGAAAACAUUCAGGCUAAUAGUAAACCAGGUUUGCUGGGAGAACCUCCAACAAUGCUGCUUCAGACAGUACUGGGAAUAGGGGUAAUGCCAUCAGUGAGUUCAGGCAUGGGAACCCGUGGAGAAGCUCUUAAGUCAUCUAAUCUGACUCCAAUUCAAACAGCAGCAGCAGCAGCAGGGAUGGGCAUGCUGCCAUUCUUUCAGAAUCAGCACAUUGUUGGACAAGCUAUACCAGGGCAAAAUAAUGCUCCGGAUAAACAAUUGACUACCGAAACGGUUGUCUCGGGAUCACAGCCUUAUCAUCAGACCUUAACAAAUCUUUCUGCGGGAGCUUUGCGGGCUGGACAUGCCAAACAACAAAAUCAACUAAAAAGUACUGAUACAAGUUUGGGGACUCCCUUGAAAAAACAGACUUCACUGCUAGGAGAACCACCAAAAGAAAUACGUCUUAGUACCAACCCCUACUUGAAUUUGGCAAGUGUGUUGCCUGGUAUAUGUCUUCCAGCAAUUGCCAGCAAAGCCUCUAGUCCACUGCAGCAGACCGGACUUUCGAACAACAUCGUGGAUGCUGCUGUGUCUCAGGGAACUACAUCACAACAUGCAAUGGAAAAUUAUUUUAAUUACUCUCAACAGCAUGGGGAAUACACACAGGUGGCUCCAACGAGAAGCGAGAAGCGAAGCUCUUCGUACCUCAUUUCCUCCCCAGAACCUGGCCCUAUGGAGUACGUUGGCCAGCAGACUCAGGGCUCCGCAGUACGUUACGCAGAAUCCUCUCUAAAAAAAAAGCGCGUUUAUUGAGACCUAAAUAAUCAAUCACUCCUGCCUUAGGGUGUGAAGGCAGGCUUUUUUGUACCUCUGCUAUUUAUUGCUGCCUUAACUUCAGACAAAUAAUUCUUCUUUAUGUGUGGGUUAUAAGUAUCCCAAGAGGAACAACCUCUGUAACGGGCAAAUUUGCCAAGGAAGUGGUACGUAUUGCUACGAGGUUAGCCAUUUCGCAGUAGUCCGACUUGCCUUCUG